AUGGUGGGGAGUGGCGCCGAGCGCUUGGUGAAAGCUCAGACAGCAGUAGAGUUUCCUGCGCUGCGUCUGGAAUUGAACCACUUGCUUGAUCGUUACUACCGCCUUCAAAAGAUGGUGAUGGACGACACCAACUACGACACCCCAGUUUCGCAGCCGCACCCGGCCGAAUCCGAAUUAGAGGUCAUCGAGAGUGUGUUGGCUCAGGUAUCCAACCAACAGGCUCGUUUGGAACGUGAAGAGGCGGAGUUUUAUUCCUCGCUCACUUCCGACGUACAUGGGGAGCUGGAUUCUCUUGACAAACUGUUUCUAGCUACGCAAAUGAUUGGGCUUCAAUUACUUUCAAGAGAUGUUGACCUUCCUCGUCUGCUUCAACGUCAGUUGGCCGAUCACAUUGGCAACAAUGCGAAGUCGCGUCUGGCAACCCCCGUAAUGGACGUUGAUGAUGUGAUGUCAGUGUUGAAAGAUUCAAACAAGGACUUUGAGGAACAAGUUGCUACUUACGGACUUCAAGUGGAACGCAAGCUGACGCUCCCAUCUGAGAAAACUGUCCUCAACAAGAUAACUGGUCGCAUCAAUGAGUUGCUGCACUUGCCUGCUAAUCUCGGGACGUUCUCGCUCGACCAAAGUUCCGAUAUAGACAAGUUGAAAAUCCAACUGCUCAUUGAGCUUAAAGGAUUGCGCUUAUUGCCGAAACAAAAACAAUUAAAGCACGCUGUGCUCGUUCACGAAGCCAACCAAGCAAAAUAUGUUAAUGAGGAUCUCAAACUGCAUCCGCUAGCUCUUCAGGAAAAGCGCAGCUUUAACGUACGCCCCAAAAUCGAACAAGCCAGUCCUCAUUUGUUAGCGAUUCAGCUUGAGGAACUUCAGAAGCUCGAGGCUGGUCGAUUGGAGCAUGAGCAGCACGUUACAAAAAUUAAUCAAAUUCUUGCUUCAUCACAAGCUAUAAGCGAACGCAAACAGCGGAUGCAUUUUCGUCGCACAACCACUCUCCCCAAACAUGUUCAUAAUGUCCACCAAACUGUUGAAAAGGAUGAGCUGAAAAAGUUGGAGAGAACUGCCAAGCAAAGAUUGCAAGCUUUGAAGGCGAACGAUGAAGAAGCUUACCUUAAGUUGUUGGAUAAGACGAAAGAUCAUCGAAUUACACAUUUGCUCAAUCAAACUAAUCAGUUCUUGGACACUUUAGCCAAUCAGGUGAGAGCACAGCAGGCUGAGGCCAUGGAUGGUGAUAUUGAACUGCAAGAAACUGUGCGUGAGAAGAUUGACUACUACCAAGUGGCGCACCGUAUCAAGGAAGAAGUCACUACACAACCUCUGAUCCUCGUUGGUGGCCAGCUUAAGGAAUAUCAGAUGAAGGGUUUACAAUGGAUGGUAUCCUUGUAUAACAAUAAGCUUAACGGGAUUUUGGCAGAUGAAAUGGGGUUGGGUAAGACAAUUCAACUGAUUUCGUUGAUCCUGUACCUCAUUGAGCACAAAGGUGAAUCCAAGUUCCUCGUUAUUGUUCCAUUGUCAACCAUCACAAACUGGACGCUUGAGUUUGAGAAGUGGGCACCUCAAAUCAAGGUUGUCGUUUACAAAGGUCUGCCUCAACAACGUAAAGCCUUACAAGCGGAAGUUCGGAUGGGCUCGUUUCAAGUUUUGCUCACAACCUAUGAAUAUAUCAUUCGAGAACGUCCAAUCUUGGCAAAAUUCAAUUACAGUCAUAUGAUCAUUGAUGAGGGUCAUCGCAUGAAGAAUACUCAAUCAAAACUUUCGGUGACCUUGCGUCAAUAUUACAAAACGAAAAACAGGCUCAUCUUGACGGGUACCCCCUUGCAGAACAACUUACCAGAAUUGUGGGCGCUUCUCAAUUUUGUUUUGCCCAAAAUUUUUAAUUCGGUGAAGUCCUUCGAUGAAUGGUUUAAUACUCCGUUUGCAAAUACAGGCUCUCAAGAAAAGAUCGAACUUACCGAGGAAGAACUGUUAUUAGUGAUUCGAAGAUUGCACAAGGUUUUGAGACCCUUCCUCUUGAGACGGUUGAAGAGAGACGUUGAGAAAGAUUUACCCGACAAGGUAGAGAAGGUGAUUAAGUGUCGCUUGCUGGGACUUCAGCAAGUAUUGUAUCAGCAAAUGCUCAAACACAAUGCCCUUUUUGUGGGUGCUGAUGUAUCUGGCCAGAAACUGGGAAUCAAGGGUUUGAACAACAAAAUUAUGCAACUUCGGAAGAUCUGCAACCAUCCUUUUGUAUUUGAGGAAGUUGAGGCCGUACUCAAUAGCUCAAAAUUGACCAACGAUUUAAUUUGGCGAACUUCCGGUAAGUUUGAGUUGUUAGAUCGCAUUUUACCGAAAUUCAAAGCGCUGGGUCACCGAGUAUUGUUAUUCUUCCAAAUGACUCAAGUUAUGGAUAUCAUGGAAGAUUUCUUGCGAUGGAGAAACAUGCAAUACUUGCGAUUAGACGGGAGUACAAAGGCUGACGAACGUCAAGAUAUGUUGAAAGCUUUCAAUGCUCCGGACCUGGAAUAUUUCUGCUUUCUUUUAUCGACCAGAGCUGGUGGUUUAGGUCUCAACCUUCAAACAGCUGAUACUGUUAUCAUCUUUGAUACUGAUUGGAACCCUCAUCAGGAUUUGCAAGCUCAGGAUCGUGCUCACAGAAUUGGUCAGAAGAACGAAGUCCGCAUCUUACGUCUUAUUACGAAUGAUUCCGUUGAAGAAGUGAUUCUCGAACGCGCGCAUCAAAAAUUAGAUAUUGAUGGGAAGGUCAUUCAAGCCGGUAAGUUUGAUAACAAGUCCACCAAUGAGGAACAAGAAGCGUUUCUCAAAAGAUUACUUGAGGAAGAGCAAAACCGGCUGGCUGACGAGGACGACAACUUCUUAGAUGAAGAGGAACUCAACGAUAUUUUAGCGCGAAGCGAAGAGGAAAAAGAACAGUUCGCACGAAUCGACGCCGAGCAGAAGCGCAGCGAUAUUGAGCAAGGGUUGAAGCUGAGACUCAUAGAGGAAAAGGAACUACCGCAAAUUUUCAAGGAAGACAUCUCCAAGCAUUUUGAUAAAGAUAAGGACAAGGAGCUUGGAAGAGUGCGGGAAAAGAAGCGUAUUCGCUAUGAUGAUGGUCUCUCCGAAGAGCAAUGGCUUAUGGCAAUUGAUGACGAUAACGAUACGAUUGAGGAUGCCAUCCGCCGGAACGAGGAUCGUAAACGUCGACGCAAUGGGGCAACAUAUGAGUCUGAAGACGAAGUUGCCCAAGAAGUCAAGCGGGAAAAGUCGGAAUUCGAUGUUGAAGCCGUUUCAUUAUUAGAUGAAAUAUGUGAGUUGGUUGCUGACGAUGGCCAUCAGGUCGCUGAAAUUUUUAUGAAGUUGCCUCUGAAAAAGCUUUAUCCUGACUACUAUCAAAUCAUCAAGUCGCCCGUCGCGAUUGAGACGAUCCGGAAGAAGAUUCGCCAGCAUAAGUAUGAACGUAUGAGCGAAGUGGUUGCGGAUUUGAGGCUUAUGGUCCUCAAUGCUCAAACCUAUAACGACGAGGGAUCAUGGGUGUACAACGAUGCCGACACCAUCAAUAAUUUGCUUGAUCAACAAUCCGCCUAA